AUGGGUUUGUUUAAGGUCCGUGUGCUCGGCUUCAGUGGGCCGACGAACCUUCACACUCCAAAGCUUGUCCGAUUCUUGGCUUUCUUGUCCUUCUCCAAUGUGGCGUGUGCGACGGCGGACCAUGGAAGGAUGCACGAUAAAUGGGACGACGAUGGAUUUCUGUCAAGCUCGCAUAGAAUACUGUCAACCUAUGAUAAGUGUAUUUUGACCCUCUGUUGUGCGGUACUUUUCAUCUGUGCUGUCGCGUUGUUAGUCCAGGCUUGUCGUAUAUUGGUCGACAUCGCUCGAAAAGAACGCCUUUGGCAACAGGAGCAAUAUCUAGCGGAAGAGGAGCUACUGAUGUCAGCCCUCGAAGCUGGUUAUGGAAAAGCCACCACCCUACCCCGAUAUGCGACUCGUUUCGGCGCCCUUUCAGAACAGGAGAUCGAUGUGAAUGGCGUAAGGAAGGUUGUUCUGGUGGUAAAUGAAACCUACGCGACAAAUGCUGCCCAAGAUGCGUACGCCGAUUGGUUCGUGAGGUGGUGUCAUCUUCAGGAGACGGCCUCGAAUUAUGCUGACCAAACGACUUCGGAGGAAAUGGCUACCCUACUCGAUAUGGGAUCUCCGAGAAGACCGGGGUAUUUAGAUGAGGCUGUUGCUUCCUCACAGGGGCCUUCGGAUGAAAUAACUCCGCUCAUGGACGUUGGCUCCCCAGAAGCCCAACAGGACUUGGAUGACUUUGCGACCUCUCCGCGGCCUCUUCUGGCUGACUGA